AUGAAGUUCGUACCUAGUCGAGACCUCGAUAUCGUCACCUCGGCCCUAAAUUUCACCACGCCUGAUCUGCAGGUGAUAGGUGGUUGCGACCUGUACACCACGAAGGCGGCGGGAGGAGACAAAAAGCUCUAUAAAAAUAUUGAACAUGAUCUUGAAGCGCAGUACAAGUCGAAUCUACAAUUCUCCCAUUCACUAUCACCGCCUCAAGCGCAUCUCAUGGCCUCUAGCCUCAACCUGAGCCGCAGCAGCCCAUUUGGAAACCUCGGCAUGAUCAGUUCGAGGAGAACAUACGCUUAUCUGAUAGCCACCUUAAAUGCCAGCCAUCCGGAUUACGACUUCUCGGCCACGCUGAAACCAACAGAUUUCAAAAGAGAGAGGAGCUUACGGCAUGUAAUGAACACUCUGGACACAGCUCUCUAUAAUCUUCGUCCACGUCCACAAACUACCUCGCUCCGUAUACCAGGCAUGCCUCCCGAAACCACCGUUACACCUUCGACCCAAACGCAAUGGGGACCCGCAAUGUGGAGAUUGAUCGAUCAAAGUAUGAGUUUGCGCGACUGCACCAUCUAUCGAUAUGCACCAGAGGACUUUGAUCCAUUCGAGGACGACGAAGAAGGAUCUUUGUGGUCAAUGAAUUAUUUCUUCUUCAACAAACAGAGAAAGCGCGUGUGCUAUCUAUACCUUCGAGGCGUUAAUAUCCUGGCCAUGUCUGCAAUUGACGGCCUUCGAACACCAGUCAAGGCCAAGUAUCAUACGGACACUGAGUCUGAAGGAUGGGCAACACCAGAUCUGGGUGCUCAUAAGCGAGCAACAUAUUGGCUUGGAGAUCGACAAGUGGCUGAGACGGACGACGGUCAUAACCAAGAUCUCGAAAUGCCCUCCAUCGAGAGGCCACUUUACGGGUACAGCCCUGAGUCGAAAGAUGAGGAGGAACAAUUCUCACCGCCAGCGCGACCUGUCGUCGACGAGCACGAUAACUAUGUGUUGAGUGACGAAGAUGUCAGGAGUGCUAGGAGUGCUAGCAAGAGCACUGCAAGAGGGGUCAGUGAAGAGGUGGUCGGACCUAUGGAGGUUUAA